UAUAGAAGAGAGAAUAUUUCCCCAGAUCCUUGCCAGUUCCGAGAAACAUCGGUGAGGCGUUUUACCUCAGCGGGGCGACUUGCCCCGGUCUACCCUACCUAAUGAUUAAACAGACAAUAGGUUGUAGCUUUCAUUGUCACUGAGCCAAUAUAUUGAGGUCAAUUCAAAUCAGUAUUAUGUUGAACUAUUUUCUGGAUUUGUUACUUAUGUCAAUAUCAUAAAGUUUUGUGCAUUAAGUGCAUCAUUGAAAUUCGUUAUUAGCUCUAUAUUGAAGCUUUUCAAAAGCUGAUGUUAGUGAAUUUCUUGACUUAAUUAAAAUAAGUACCUAGCUGCCUGCCUACAUGCACAGUGAUAGUGAAGCUGGCCAAAUCAAGAAACUAAGUGCCUACUGGACUGGAAAAACAAAAUGCCUCUGGCAGCGGCUGCCGGGCGGCUGCUGUGCGCGCGCCGCUGCGGCUCGCUGCUGCGGCGGCGCGCGCCGCUGGCCGUCUGUCUGCGGGCCGUCUCCGGCGGCGACGACUCGCGCCGGCCGCCGCCCGACGGGCUGCCCAGGGAGCCGCCGGCGCUCACAGUGCCGCUCAAAAAGGCGGCCCCCACCGCGGAGCCGACGCGGAGCCAGCUGCGCUCGCAGCCCUCCAGUCGGGACCGGGCGCGCCGCGACCGGAACCUGAUCACGGCCGUCCGCGCCAUGGAGGAGUACCUGAUGAAGUCUGGCGACCUCGAGCCGCUGGGCAGCACGCAGCGGCGCUCGCCGUACGAGAACGAGCCGCCGAUCCGCGUCUACUUUCGCGCCGAGGUCGAGCAGCAGGCCAUCAAAAAGUGGGGCAGCCUCGAGCGGCUGGAGGCCGAGAAACGGAAGCGCGAGCACAUACAACUGGCGCACCAGCAGGCGCUGUUCUCGGUGAAGAAGGUGCUGAAGGACUACCGGCGCGGCCAGCGCGAGAAGCCCUACUACACCCAGGUGGAGGAGGAGAGCCUGCGCGGAUCGUCGCACGUCGUACUCACCGCCGUCGGCAUCAACGCCAUCAACGCGCUCGGCAAGGGCGUGGCGUUCGCGGUGACGGGCUCGAGCAGCCUGUUCGCCGAGACGCUGCACUCGCUCGCCGACACGGCCAACCAGGUGAUCCUGGCUGUGGGCAUUCACAAGUCGGCGCAGCGCGCCAACCUCGACCACCCGUACGGCUACAGCAACGUGCGCCACGUGGCCUCGCUCAUCUCGGGCGUGGGCAUCUUCUGCCUGGGCAGCGGCGUCGCCUUCUUCCACGGCUUUCACGCGCUAUACGACCCGGCGCCGCUGGGCGACUUUCUGGUGGGCUACUGCGUGCUGGCGGCCGCACUCGUCUCCGAGAGCGUGACGCUGGCACUGGCGGCGCGCAACAUCCGCCGCAACUCGCGCCGCCAGGGGUUCACGUUCUGGCAGUACGUGCGCCAGGGCCGCGACCCGUCCGUGAACGUGGUGCUGCUGGAGGAUAUGGCCGCCGUGCUGGGCGUGUUCGUGGCCGGCUCCAGCAUGGCGCUCAGCGCCGCCACCGGCAGCAUGGUGUACGACGCGUGCGGCUCGAUGGUGAUCGGCGGCCUGCUCGGCACCGUGGCCACCUUCAUCAUCGUGACCAACGCGCACGCGCUGGUCGGCCAGUCGAUCCGCCAGGAGGAGCUCGAGCGCAUCAACCUACGGCUCGAGGAGGACAUCAUGAUCCGCGGCAUCCACGACGUCAAGGGCAUCGACAUGGGCAACGGCCUGGUGCGCUACAAGGCCGAGGUGGAUUUUGACGGCCGGGAGCUGACCAAAAAGUACCUGAAGAGUCAGAACCUGGAGUCGCUGGCGGCCGAGGCGGCGCGCCUGGACGGCAGCGAGGCGGUGGAACAGUACCUUCUGCGACACGGCGAGGCCAUCGUCGACAUGAUGGGAGCCGAGAUCGACCGCAUCGAGUCCGACCUGCGCAAGGCGUUCCCGCAGAUUCGGCACAUAGACUUGGAGAUUUUAUAGGCCCCGAGGGGCUUAGGCUGUGAUGAUGUCGUUACAAUAACGGCGGCCGGUUAGCGGGUUAGGUCUGAUCGUUGGACGCAGGGAUCUUUGGCGGGUAUCGUGAGACACUCCGCUCUAAUCUCAGAGAACCGUGCUGGUUAGAGGGGGAGAGCCAAGAGCCCGAUAGCGAUCAGUAUUUCAAGGGCUUGUAGUGACUAGCCAAUUUUGAUUUUAGUCAAUGUACAGUUGUUUCUGAUUUACUUUUAGAGUUGUCGUUACGUACCUCGUUUUGUUCCUUGUAAGUCAUGAACCGAAUUAUUUAAAUCCAAUAUCAGCUGAUACUGGUAGCUACAUGCUUGCUUGUGCGCUAAUGCGUCUGCUGCCACCCCUCUCAAGCAUUCCCACCGGCUAGCCAAUGCGGUCGGAUCGCGCCUGUGCAGUCGAGCACGGGCUUUCAAUCAUGCACGGACGCUUUCGAUCUCUGAUUGUUGAUCGACUCAAUCGAAGCGCACCGACCGUCAGGCGGACGGUCCAUUCUCUCCGGCCCUGGGUAGCUGAACUGUACCGUGCUGACGGUGCGUCAGUACCGGACUGUAACUGUGUGCCGUGCCGCGGCGGUCGGUCGCUCGGACCGUGGUGUGAUGCCGGCCGCUGUGAGGUGACGCUGUGCCGGCGCCGACAGUGUACAUCCGGCGGCCGGCGGGUCUCACUGCGGUCCAGGUGGCGGUGGUGACUGUGGUCGGGACGCUGGGCGGCUACUACAUCUGGCGGCCGGCCUUCGAGAAGCGAGGGGCGUCCAGCGGCGCCGACCAGCCGUCCCAGCCGCCCCCGACGGCGCCGGCGAGCGGCUGAGGUGAGGUCCGGCCCAGUCCUCCACCUGAGCAGCGAUGGCGCUGCCGCCGGCCAAGGUGCUGCGCUGGGUGGGUAUCGCGGGUGUCGCGGCCUUGGGGUUCGCGGUGCUCCGGCCCUACCUGGCCCGGUAUCGGGACCGUCGUGCCGAGACGGACAUCGCAGACCUGCUGGCGUCCCGGCGCCGGCCGCCCCCCGGCGACCUGUAGACGGUCAGCCGGCGGCUCGCGGCAGAACCGCCUGCCUGUAGACGCGAUAGACCAGGGCCUUUGUGAUAUAGCGGGGAUGCAGUGAGGCCGAGUAUGUUAUGGUAGCUGGAAGAGUGAGACGGUGCGGGGCGGAAGCCAUGAAUGAGAAGGUGCCGGACAGAUGUGUCCUGGGGGAGCUACGUCGUUAGAGCGUUAGCCGGAAAGGAGCGAGAUGUUGCCGGGCAGCGCGUGGGCUGUAUGUAGGAUGAGGCCUGCGCCGGAGUGGUGAUGCCCGCCCUGUAAGCGGACUUUGUGACUGGCUCGAGUAAUGUUCGCACUCUGCCCGCGUUCACCGUUUGAAGUGAUCAUGUGAGACGGCCGUUUUACCCAAAUACAUGACUUAUAGCUAUUA